AUGGCAGCUAUUCGUUCCACGUCUCUGCGCGCCCUUCGCGUGCUCUCUCAGCACCCUACUACACCCUGCACUCGACGGGGUCUACACAUCACCGGUGCCACCUCCGCACCCCCUGCCAGCGUGGGCGACAAGGCGUCCUUGUAUUCCGCCCGUAGUCUGUCGGAUCUCAAGGGAGAAUGCCAGACUCGGAAGCUAGGAGCGCAUGGAACACAGGCUGAGCUGGUCGAACGUCUGUCCAACCAUGACUUCCUUCAAUCGCGCGCCUUCAGCAUCGCCAUGAGGCGCAUCAAUGGCACCGCAGCAGAGACCAACUCCGGCCGCCAAUUUAACACCUCCCGCUCCCAGAAGGCCGUGGGUGACUCAUCCACGGUGGAUUUCGCCUACAUGCCCUCCAUGUCGGAGAUGGAGACCACCGCUGCUCGCCCCGAUCUGCGGAUUCCGAUCUUUCCCGACCUCUACGCCAGACCCCAGGCGACCCUAGCGGAGCAGCCCUCCGGCAGCUCGGCUCCCAUGAGACCCCACGUUUACACUGUGUCCGGUGCCGGAGCUGACAUCGCCGUCAGUCCCAUGACAGAGGUGGUGGAUAACCUCGCUGUGGAUAUCGACCCGUUUUCUUUGACCGAAACGGUGGGCAAAUCGCGGUUCGAGGAAGAGCUGCAGAAGCAACAGAACGGGUCUAGCACCGGGGGCGUCGUGCAAGAGUUAUGGCACGGCUUCCUGGAUGACCUUUUGGGUCCUAAAGCCCAGCCUUCGCAGAGACAGUGA